UUCGGCAUUUCGAUUUGAAACAGAAGCGAUCAUAACGACUAUCGAAAAAAGCCAUCAAGUGAUACUGCAAGAAAAAAUAUCAAAGGAAAACAUCUCUGUUAUAUUUUUUAAUCUGAACGUAUUACUAUUAGUUAUAACGUUAUCAAUCAUGAGCUACACUUAUGCCAGUUGUUUAUUCGUGUUGCUGGCUUUAGCCGGUACAAUUAACGCCGCCCCGUUAACAAACCAAAUUCAACAGGCCGAGCACUAUCUCCAAGUGUGCGGAUACCUGGCAAAAGUCGCAGAAGAGGAUCAACAUUUCAACGAUGAUGCUAUCAAACAGGCUCUCCUUAACUUUCAAGAGUAUGCUGGGCUUGAUCCCGCAAAAGGUACCGGAAUUUUGACAGAAGAAACGUUGAAACAAAUGGAAGAAUCACCUUGCAGAGAUGCUGAAACCAAUCGUAAGAGACGCUCGAUUCCUGUUAUACAUGGAUGGGAUUCCCACGUGGUCACGUGGGACAUAACCAGUUAUUCCAAAUGGCUUUCAAAAAGUGAGGUUGAUAAAACAGCCGAAGAAGCCUUGAAGAUGUGGUCUGAUGCAGCUGACAUAACUUUCGUACGAGUUCCAGGCGGAGAGGUUGACAUAAGCAUCGCAUUUUUGACUGGGGCACAUGGUGAUAUUGACUUCGGUGGCAUAAACAAAGCGCUUGCGCACACGUAUUAUCCACCCAAAUCAGGAUCAGGGGGUGUAUUGGAGGGAGAUGUACACUUGGAUGACGCCCGCCAGUGGACUGUGAAAAGCAGUACAGCAGGUCACGAUCUGCGGGUGACUCUUCUGCACGAGCUUGGUCACUCGAUUGGUAUAGCUCAUUCGACUAACAGGAACGAUGCGAUGUUUAGUUCAGAAUCCACUUCAACAUUGAGUGAAAAUGAUAAAGCUGCAGCAAGAAAGCUCUAUGGUGCACCCAAAGGUGAGCCAGCUUAUGUAAGUCCUAAACCAGCUACGCAAGUACCUGUUGUAGUUACACCUAAGACGACCACGUCCUCACAACCAAAAGGCGAAUCGGAUGAUUCCAACUGUCCAACAUCCAUUGAUGCUGCAACCCAGAUGCUUACGGGCGAAAUCAUUUUAAUAAAAGGUGAUAAGUUAUGGAAGAUUGUGGACAAUCAGUUAGUACCAGGUCAUCCUGUUCAAGUAUCUACAGUUUUCUCUGGUUUACCGGCCAAUAUUGACUCGGCUAUGACCAUGCCGGAACAUAUGGUUGACUGGGGAAAUAAGGCCGGAAAGACCUACUUUUUCAAGGCGGACAAUAAUGGUACACAAGUGUGGCGGUAUUCAGGAUACAGUCCAGAAGUCGGUUACCCUAAAUCUUUAGAGUUAGAGUUUGGAGUUUCUUUGCCGCAUGUGGAUGCUGCUUAUACUAUUGGUGGAUUACGAGGUGUCUAUUUUAUUGGCGGUACUAAUUAUUAUUUGGAGACACCAUAUCAACAAAUCGGACCAUUUCAGACCGAUAGUUUCCAGGGCUUUAAUAGCCAAGCUACUGCUGCCCUCAGUGGUGCAGACGAUAUUACGUACAUAUUAUUCGGAGCAGACGGUAACUACUACGAGAUCAAUCCUUUAGGCCUACCAGAACUCGAUAUAGCUCCAUGGUCAGUCUUACCUGGCUUCCCGCGUUCAACGAGCCUUGGAUGGUUCGGUUGCAAUAUCUAAGUCACCUGAUCAAACAAAACGCCCGAAAUCUACAUACUGAACUGUAUUUUAAUAAAAAGAACAGAAGUCUAAUGGCAUGGGAAGAUUUAGGGGGAUGGGGUGUGAGGACCGGCCCCGCCCUUUAUUUUUUCGAAAGUUCUUACCUCACCGUACUGAGAUUAGCCAAUGAAGUAUUUUACCUCUUUGGUUAGACAGACUUAGCAAUUUCCCCAACGGAAUUACGUGCAUAACGUUAUAAUUCUAUUUCGUUAGCCGUGUUUAAAUCGUUAUUGUCUCUGCCAUCAAAAUUGUUAUGCUGUCUCAAAGUUUUGAUAAUUUCACAAGAACUGUUUUCAAGGGCAUAAUCAGCUUACACCUACCACAUUACAACGGUUGAAAUGUAAUGUUUAGGCCUUUGACAAAUCCUCAAAUUUAGAUUCAACCCAAAUUUAAUAUUACAUUUCCUUCCAAAGUACCAAUAAACGACUGUAAUUAUAACUUAUAUGCAUAUUUAUAUUAAUUAUUAUUGUUAGUAUUUAAGUUAGUAAUUUAAUAAAUAUUAAUGUAUGUUUAUAUUUUGAAUACUAUUUAAUUAGUUUAGUCUUGUCAGAUUUAAAAUAUUGAUUUGAUUUUGUUUGCUUUUGAUGAUUUUGAAAUGUGUGCGUUUAUUUCAGCGCUGACAUUAUUAUUAUUAUUAUUAUUAUUAUUAUUAUUAUUGUUAUUAUUAUUAUUAUUGUUAUUAUUAUUAUUAUUAUUAUUAUUAUUAUUAUUAUUAUUAUUAUUAUUAUUAUUAUUAUUGAAUAAAACCAAAUCCACACGUAGACUGGAUUGGAUUUAUUAUAAGGACCAAGACCUUGAAGAGUUUUUUUUUUUUUGCUUAACAGGGGAUGAGUUCAUUUGCUGUAUGUUUGAUAGGAAAUAAAUAUAAAAGGUAAAAUUACUAAAAGACUUGUUAAGGUAAUCAAAUGUACAAAUUAUCUAAUUAUAUAUGUAUAUAUAGUACAUUUUAUCGUUCCAAUUUUGAUUAAAAAAUAACAUACUAAAUCUAGAAAAAAAGAAAGAAGUGAUGAUUUUAUUGUUCAUUAGUUGGCUUUAUCAGGGGAUAAGUUCAUAUUCAGUUUGACAGAAAAUACAGUAAUUAUAAAAGGUAAACCCACUAAAAGACUUGUUGAGUUCAUUUGCUGUAUGUCAAUGAUAGGAAAUAAAUAUAAAAGGUAAAAUUACUAAAAGACUUGUUAAGGUAAUUAAAUGUACUAAUUAUCUAAUUAUAUAUGUAUGUAUAGUACAUUUUAUCGUUCCAAUUUUGAUUAAAAAAUAACAUACUAAAUCUAGAAAAAAA